AUGAGAGGAGAAAACCAGUCGAGCGUCUCCGGGUUCCUCCUCCUGGGGCUCUCCAGGCAGCCCCAGCAGCAGCAGCUCCUCUUCGUGCUCUUCCUGAGCAUGUACCUGGCCACGGUCCUGGGCAACGUGCUCAUCCUCCUGGCCAUCAGCACAGACUCCCGCCUGCACACCCCCAUGUACUUCUUCCUCAGCAACCUGUCCUUCGUGGACGUCUGCUUCUCCUCCACCAUUGUCCUCAAGAUGCUGCAAAACCAUGUAGUUGGGAGUCAGGCCAUCUUCUUCUCAGCAUGUCUGACCCAGCUGUAUUUUGUCAUUGUGUUUGCCUACAUGGACAACUUCCUCCUGGCCGUGAUGUCCUAUGACCGCUUUGUGGCUGUGUGUCACCCCUUACACUACACAACAAAGAUGACCCCUCAGCUCUGUGUCCUCUUCGUUGCUGGGUGCUUGGUCAUUGCCAAUCUGCCUGCUCUGUUGCACACCCUGCUGACGGCUCAACUCUCAUUCUGUGCAGACAACACGAUCGCCCACUUCUUCUGUGAUGUGCUUCCUCUCCUGAAACUCUCCUGUUCUGACACGUACAUCAAUGACAUGCUGAUUCUUCUUGUAGCAGGGCUGUUAAUGAUCGCACCAUUCAUCUGCAUCCUCAUCUCCUACAUCUUUAUUGCCUGUGCAGUCCUGAGAGUCCCAUCCACAAAGGGGAAAUGGAAGGCCUUCUCCACCUGUGGCUCCCACCUGGCUGUGGUUUCCCUCUUCUAUGGCACCAUCAUUGCUGUGUAUUUCAACCCUUCAUCCACCCACUCAGCUGAGACAGACACCGCAGCUACUGUGUUAUACACAGUGGUGACCUCCAUGAUGAACCCGUUCAUCUACAGCCUCAGGAACAAGGACUUGAAAGGGGCUCUACGAACACUGAUCGGCAGAAAGAGGUUUUCUACCCGAUGA